AGAAGAAACUGCUCGCAGCUCGACCAAUGAAUGGAAGUUGGGAGGAAACGUCGCGCGAGUCCCUGUCGCUUCCUCUUUCUUGCCGAUUUCAAUCUUAACACACUUUAUGAAGUAUUAGCUGCUAUGCCCAGCGACUCCCCAACCAUUCCCACAGCUUGACAAGCUUGACCGACCGCCAGCUCUCCCCCCUCGGGCCUCUCCACGGUUACUCCCCGGUGUUUACUCCCAGCGGUCCGACCGGUAGAAGCGGCAAAGAUGUCCGACAACGGCGGCUUGGCAGUCGGCCUCCUGUCCUACGAGACGCUGGUUCAUGCUGUGGCAGGUGCGAUGGGGAGCAUCACAGCCAUGAGCGUCUUCUUUCCUUUGGACACGGCCAAGAGCAGGCUGCAGGUGGAUGAGAAGCGAAAGUCCAAGUCCACUCCCGUUAUCCUGGCCGAGAUCGCAAAGGAAGAAGGCUUCCAAUCACUAUACAGAGGCUGGUUCCCAGUCAUCUCCAGCCUCUGCUGCUCCAACUUUGUUUAUUUCUACACCUUUAACUCGCUGAAGAAGCUGACAGCUUCCAGUCGAAUCACAUCUAAACCUGGCAAGGACCUGCUCAUGGGGAUAGCAUCAGGAGUGGUGAAUGUGCUUCUGACUACCCCCAUGUGGGUGGUCAACACCCGUCUGAAGCUGCAGGGGGUAAGGUUCAGAAAUGAGGACCUGCACCAGACUCGGUACCGGGGCAUAUUUGAUGCCCUCUCACAGAUCAUUGCUAAUGAGGGAGUGGGAACUCUGUGGAACGGCACUCUGCCCUCUCUUAUUCUCGUCCUCAACCCAGCUGUACAGUUUAUGUUUUAUGAGGCCAUGAAGAGGAAGGCGGGCAGGGGAGGGAAAAGGAUCUCCUCAGCAGAGAUCUUCCUCAUGGGAGCCAUCGCCAAGGCCAUUGCUACCACUGCAACAUAUCCUCUUCAAACAGUUCAAGCCAUCCUAAGGUUUGGCCAGUAUAAAGGAGAUGGGAAGGGCGGCGUGAUCGGAAGCCUCUCAAACAUUGUGAUCCUUCUAAUGGACAGAAUCAAGAAAAAUGGUUUUCUUGGUUUGUACAAGGGCCUGGAGGCAAAGCUGCUACAGACAGUACUGACAGCUGCCCUCAUGUUUGUUGUGUAUGAAAAGAUCACCGCUGCUACCUUUAAAGUCAUGGGCAUUAACAGAAAACUGAAGCAGUGAACAUGCAUCUCACCCGAAGCAGUGCUGCAUUCGUAGCAGCAGGUUUUGGUGACCACAGGAAUGAUUAAGACCUGGCCACAGAAUCACAAGCAACAAUCAGGCAUCAUAAAUCAAAUGACAAUGUUUUUCUGACUUGAGUCAUUUGUUAAACGCAGCGUUGAUGUGGCACCAGUCUAAAUGAAAGAGACAGUCUGGAGGGAAAUUAAAUCUGAAAUACUUUGGUUUGCACAACAAAUGUAAUCACUUUUUCUCUUUUUAUUUGAGAAAAUAACUAUGGGCUUCUCAGUUUGGAAAAACAGGAAAACAUUGGCAUUUGACAAAUAGACAUGUCUCAUCUCUCAUUUCUUUCAGUGCUUCAGCUUCUUUACUCAUUUCAAGGCUUUGCAGGUCUGAGUUUGCCUCAGACUUCUCACCUGGUCACAGCUGAGAUUAACACCAUUAACCAUUAAACCAUGAAACUAUUAACAGCAGAAAUCGGCAAGAAAAGGCAUAAGUUACACAAACCCUGAAUAGAAUAUGGGGUGAUUGGUAUAUAAAUACAAAAUUAUGAUAUUAAAACAAAAUACUAUAAUAUAAAUCUGUAGAGACAAUAGUUUUUAUAUUUAUUGAAGAAAGUCUAAGGAUACUCUGUAAGCAGACCAAAAACUAAAGGUUCUUAUUGAACCACUAUGUUUUCCUAUUUUCUUUGAUGAUGAAACACUUGAUAAGGUAGCUAUUCACCAGUGUGACCAGUCUUUUUCGAAUAGAAGAGUUUGAGUGAUGUCAGCGUAUAUUUAUUAUUGCAGUGUCUAGACCAAUAAUGUAAACAUACCUAUACUAGUAGGUGCUGCCUUGAUCUGAUGUUGUCAAAUUGUUAAACCAUGUUCUACUAGAUGGAAACCUCAUAAAUGUGCUAAUAUAAAAUGUGAACACAAAUCUAGUAAAAACUAUUUGUCAAAGCCUAAAAGGUUGUUUAACUAUAAAAAUGUACACUUUGAUUUUAUUACUUGAGUGGAAUGAGAAACUAAGAAUUUAACGCUGCAUGCGUACAAACUCUGGUUUAGAUGCCUCUAAAUUAUUAACAAAAUGUAAGUACUGUUAAUCUACGUAAGUGCAGCAGUCAUUGAUUGUUUGCAUAGGUCAGUAUGAACACUGCUGGUGUCUUCCAUUAUUUAAAUCACUGUUCAGUUCACUGCACUGACCAACACUGUGCUCUUAUCUCUUCUCUAAUUGAGCUGAAUGGACAUUUCUUCUAAAACUGUUUUACGCUUUCUGGUUCUUUUAUACCAGUUAUACAACAUGUGAAUUGUGAUGGGAAAUGUUGCCUUUAACCAUUUGGCAGCUCCACAUUUACGGUCAAAGCACUGUUGGCAGUUCUAAUAAGCGUGAGCCAUAUUACGAUUUACGCCUUUAGCUUCUCUCUAUUAAUAUUGGUCUUGACAUGAACUUUGUCAAAACUGUUACUAAACUAUGUCAUGGUUCAUAACUAUAGUUUUUCUAAAUUCACGUUUAUCCUAAAAGAUGCUGUCAGUGACAACUGGGCGUUUCCUUUUCCAGUCCAGUUGACGCUGUACAUCACAUUUGUGGAUAAUUAUUUUUUUUUGUCAGAACCUCUUUCUUUUUGUUGCCUUAUUUUCUUUUUUACAUUGCCUUAACUGUUUACUUGAACAGAUUUUGUAAGUACUGAUGAAAUACUUCCUUGACAUCUUGAGUUUCAAAUGCAUUUUUUGUAAUUUUGUUUAAAUUAACACCACUGUUACUGGUAUUUAAUUUAUUACCAUAACCAGGGACUUGAGAAAUAAUAAACAGCAAACUGAAA